AUGGCUGAGCAAAAACCCGUUCUUUACUCGUAUUGGAGAUCGUCUUGCGCGUGGAGAGUGCGUAUUGGUGGGUAAAUAAAGUUUUUUUUCUUUUCACAAGCUCUUUUUUCAGCAUUGGCUCUGAAAAAGAUCGACUACGAGUACAAGACCGUUGAUUUGCUGUCGGAAGAGGCCAAGGUUCAACUUUUUCUUUGCACCGUCCGUUUAAAAGCGUUUUUUUUUCCAGAACAGUCUAAAAUCCAUCAACCCAGCCGCAAAAGUGCCAUCUUUUGUCGUCAAUGGUCAGACAAUCAAUGAAAGUUUGGCUAUAAUCGAAUAUCUUGACGAAGUCUGCCCGGAACCAGCUCUUCUUCCAAAAGAUACAGUGAAGAGAGCUCAAGCGAGAGCUAUUGCACUUCAUGUGAGUUUGAUUUCUUUUUAUUUUACUGGUUUCAUCGCUUUUUUACAGGUGACAUCUGGGAUCCAGCCACUUCACAACUUGAAAGUUCUGCAAACUCUCAACAAAAAGGAAGCGGGAUUGGGCGCACAGGUAAUUGGGAAUUUGAAACUGAAUCUGAACGAUCUCUUUGUUUGCAGUUCGCCAAGCAGUUCGUCGUUGACGGCCUCACCGCUCUUGAGGUUCUUCUGAAGGAAUCUUCCGGAAAGUACGCCGUCGGUGAUGACGUCACUAUUGCGGAUCUCGUCAUUCCGUCGGUUCUCUAUUCUGCUGCCAGGUGAGAAUACAUAUUUAUCUUCACAAAAACGGGGUGAUUCAAGCGAAACAAGAGUAAAUUUCAAAUUUCAAUUGAAAACAUCCACUCAACGUGUUGUGGCAACCCAUUCAAAACGUAUUAGUCAUUCGACAAACACGAGGAUUGCGCGACCAGAUUCGAAUCAUCAAAUAACCGUCUUCCGAUCGCAAUCAAAUGUCGUUGCCUUUCAGAUUCAACCUCGAUCUGUCUCCGUACCCGACCGUCACUCGUAUCAAUGCGACUCUCGCCCAGAUUCCCGCUUUUAUUGCCGCUCAUCCCGAUCAUCAGCCGGAUGCUGGCCUCAACGCUUAA